AUGAACCCGUUAUUCCAAAAUGAACAUCUUUUUGAUGAAGCUUGUACAAAUUAUUUUAGACAUCCUAACCAAACACAUGUAUUAAAUGAUUAUUUAAAUAGCCCAUUACCAAGUGAUUUGAUCGAUCAAUUAGUAAAAUUUUUUUCAUCAAGAAAUAUUUAUACAACACAAUAUAUUUCACAAUUACUUAUUCGUCAAUUAAAUAAUCAUACAUUAAACUAUUCAUAUGAUAAACUUAUUCAUUCAUUAGUUCCAUAUGCAUGUAUUGUAGGAUCACCAUAUUCAAAUUUAUAUUGUAAAUUAUUAAUAAAAAAAUGGAAUAAAAUGCCAAAUAUGAUGGAACAAUCAACGUAUGAAUUAUGUCAAGCAUGUGAAAGUAAAAUAAUUACAGAAGAAGGAAAAGGGAUAAUGUAUUUAAUAGGAAAUCUUAUUAAAGAAUUUAUUGAAACAAAAGAAAAUGAUUCAAUUACAAUUCAAAUAUUUAAAGAGAAAUGUUUAUUAAGAAUAAUUGAAACAAUAAUUACUAUAAUUCGAUGGAUUCAAAUAGAAAAUAUUGAACAAGAAAUUAAAUGUAAAAUUGCAUUAGAAACAUUAAAAAUAGCAUUAGAAUAUCCAUUUAGUAAUGGAUAUGAAGAAGAAGAAGAUAUUAUUUUAGAAAUUCCAAUGGGAUAUGCAUCAAUACUUUCAAGUAUUGGAUUACAAGAAAAAAUGAUUAGAAUGUUUGUUCCAGGAAAUCAUCUUGAAGCAUUAAUUGAAUGUAUGAUAACAUUAGCAAGUGUUAGAGAGAAUUUAUUUAGUGGAACAAUUCGUGAACAAUAUAAUGAAUUUUUAAGUAAAUUUGGAGGAAUGAUUUGUGAAGCAGCAGAAAAUGAAAAAAUGGCAAUUGCAGCAGGGAGGUAUUUAGAUAGAAUGACAAGAACAAGAAGUGUAAAAGCACAAUAUCAUUUAACACAAGCAGCAAAAUUAAUAAAACGAAUUAGUGAAAAUUAUAUAAAACAUAAAAAUAGUUUAUAUUAUUUAUUAAUAACAUUUGCAAGAUGGUCACAUAGAUUAUAUGAAUGUGGAGAAGAAAAAAGAUUUGUUAUUGAAACAUUAAAAGAAGUUAGUAUAAAUGUAAUUGAAGGAGCAUUUAAUAAUAGUGAAAUAAUUGAAGAAGAAGAUAUUGAAGGAAUAAUGGAUGGAUUUGGAGAAAUAUCAAGAAUUAAUUUAACAAUUACAGUAGAAGAAAUGAUAAAACAUAUUGAAAAAGUUAAAAAAGAAAUAGAAGAAAUAAUAAAAAUGAAAGGAAGUUUACAAAGAAUACAAAAAGAAUGUGAAAGAUUAAGUAUUGGAAUAGGAUUAAUAAGUAUUAUUAUAAAUCAUCAAAUAAUUAAUGGAACAAAUGAAACACAAGAAAAAUUAGAUAUUAAAUUAAUGAAAAUAGGAAUUGAAAUUAUUAAUAAAGAAAUGAAUAUUAUAAAAAAUAUUCCAUUUGGAUAUGGAAUAAAACAAAUAGAAAUAAAUAUAUUAAGAUUUUUUGAUAGUAUUCGUAAUAUAUUUCUUAAUGAAAGUAUUUCAAGAACAACAGAAAAAUAUAUAAUAGAAAUAUUAGAAAUUCAAAAUUUAAAUGAUUUAAUUAUUGCAAUUAUGAAUAAAAUCAUUUUUAAUUUACAUUAUUUUAUUGAUAUUCAUUGUGAAUCUAUUAUUAAAGAAUCUUUAUUUAUUAUUGAAAAAUAUUCAAGAAAACAAAAAACUUCAAAAAUGUUAUUAGAAUAUGGAUUACUUGAUAAAAUAUUAGAUAAAUCUUUAACUCAAAAAUUAACAAAAUUAUCUAUUAAUACUAAAAAAAUGUUUUUCCAAGCAAUUUGUAAUUUAAUUAUAACUAUUCCUAAAGUACAUUUUUCUGUAUUAUUAAAUAAAUUGGAAUCUUCUUUUCUUCUUCAAUCAAAUGAUUAUGAAAAUAAACUACUUUUAUAUCAUUCUUUCUUUUUAUCAUUACCUCCUGAAAGUAUUCAUUAUCUUGGAUUUAUUGAUUUAGUUCAUAAAUUAUUACCUAUCUUUAUUAAAAAUACAUCUUUAUCUUUAUUUGUUUCUUUCUUAUCUGAUAUUGCAAAUAUUAAACCUUUUAGAUCACUUUAUUCUAUACAAACUCCUGAUGCAUUAAUAUUAUAUCAUGAUAUUUGUGAAUCUUUAAUGAAAAUAUUACCUUCUAUUAUUGAAUUAAAUGAAGACGAGAUGGUAUCUUAUUUAGAAGAUUGUAUCCAAUCAAUUAAUUCUAUUUUAUCAAGUGAUACUAUCCCUUUUGGUGCUUUAUAUGUUUAUAAUGAUCGAACUCAUCAUGUAUUAAUGCAAACAAUUAUUUCUAUUUGUAUAUCACACAAAUGGGAUUUUGUUAGUCUUUAUCCAAAAUAUACUAAACUGAUUUUUACUCUAUUUUGUAAUAUUGGAAUGGUAUCCUGUGAUGACUUCUUUGGUAAUCAUCUUCAUGAAACAUUACUAUUUUUAUUAAACGCUUUACAAUCUGGUGAAGAAUCUGCUAUCCCUGUUUUUGAACAAAUUAUCUUAUUCACUUUUAAAAGUCAUCUUCUAAAAUCUGUAAGAAUCCUCACUACUCCUUCAACAGAUCAUUCUUUGUUAUUGUCUCAUCAUUUGGAUUUAAUCAAUAAAAUCAUCGAAAUUCUCCUUCAAAGUCUAAUUAAUGGAAACAUGGACUUAUACUGUAUUUCAAAAGCUUUGUUACCUUCUCUUCUUCUUUAUCCUAAAAUAUAUCACCACUUGAAAUCUUCUCUUUUACUCAAUUACUCAAACUCUCCUGAUCUAAAUCUAGCUUUCUCCCAACUCGACGCUUCUCUCUCUUCUUCUUGUGAUUCUGAUGCUUAUGAUAACUUCUUUAACGCUUGCCAAGUCUUCCAACAUACUUCUUUAUCUCUGUUCAAAUAA